AUGGCAGAGACAGCGGAUGAUUGGAGCUUAGCACUAGACCUGGAAGCCCCACCCAUCUACUACAACAAGGCAGACUAUAUCCAGACAGCCUCUGGAAACAAGGUGAGCAGAAAUUCUGUUCUUUGCGGUUCGCAGAACAUCACAUUGGUUGGCAACUCUGUCAUCAAGCCUGGUACGGUCCUCCGUGGGGAUCUCCAACUGCUGAAGAUCGGCAAACAUGUGAUCGUCGGUGAGAACUGCGUCCUGAGACCGUCGCACAAGAAGUACAAGGGCAGCAUCGCCUUCUUCCCGAUGACCAUCGGCGACCACGUGACGGUGGGCGCGGGCAGCGUGGUUUGCGCAGCCUCCAUUGGCUCCUGUGUCAAUAUUGGCGAGAACUGCAUCAUUUCCAAACGCUGUAUCCUCAAGGACAACUCCUUGGUGCUUCCUGACACUAUUCUACCUCCAGACACCAUCGUGCCGCCGCUCACGGUCUUCGGCGGAAAUCCUGGUGUGUACUUGGGAGAUUUACCCGAGUCACAGCUCUUCGUCCAGAAGCAGCAUGCCAUCACGGAAUACAAACGGUUCUUGCCCUCUCAAAAGGGUGCAGGCGCCACCUCGCCCAAGUCGACAAAAGCCAAAGCUGCUUCACCUUGA